ACAGUAUUACCCCCUACUGGCUACUCUCUCUUCCUCGUACUUGUUCAUGAUUCAUGGAAGACAACUUCAAUGUCACUUCUCAAGGCCACAACCCUUCUUCCCAAAUCUUCUUCCACUACCACACUGCAUUCUUUACAAUGUGGAACCUUGCUCCAAUCUCUCACCAACUCCAAAUCCUUAACCCAAGCCCAACAACUCCAUGCCCACGUCAUCACCGCCGGCACUCUCCGCCGCAACACCUACCUCGCCACCAAGCUCUCCGCCUGCUACGCCGCUUGCGGCCACAUGCCACACGCCCAACUCAUCUUCGACGAAAUUGUCCUAAAAAACUCGUUUUUAUGGAACUCCAUGAUCAGGGGCUACGCCUGCAACAACUUUCCCUCGAGGUCCCUUGUUCUCUACCGUGAAAUGCUGCGGUAUGGACAAAAGCCCGAUAAUUUCACCUACCCUUUUGUCCUCAAGGCCUGUGGGGACCUUGUGCUUCGUGAAACUGGUAGAAAGGUUCACGCUUUGGUGGUGGUUUGUGGUUUGGUGGAGGAUGUUUACGUGGGCAACUCGCUACUGUUGAUGUACUUCAAGUUUGGUGACGUGGCAGCUGCGCGGGUGGCGUUUGAUAAAAUGCCUGUGAGGGAUUUGACUUCUUGGAACACCAUGGUAUCGGGGUGUGUGAAGAAUGGUGAGGCAAGGGGUGCUUUUGAGGUUUGGGGGCACAUGAGGCGGGAUGGUUUUGUGGUAGAUGGGACUACUUUGCUUGCACUUCUAUCUGCUUGUGGGGAUGUUAUGGAUUUAAAGGUGGGGAAAGAAAUUCAUGGGUAUGUUGUUAGGAAUGGUGGGGAUGGGAGAGUGCAUAAUGGGUUUUUGAUGAAUUCAAUUAUUGACAUGUACUGCAAUUCUGAGUCUAUAUCUUGUGCAAGGAAGUUGUUUGAGGGGUUGAGAGUGAAGGAUGUUGUGUCGUGGAAUUCUUUGAUUUCUGGGUAUGAGAAGUGCGGGGAUGCUUUUGAAGUUCUUGAGCUUUUCGGUCGAAUGGUUGCAGGAGGUGCGGUGCCUGAUGAGGUGACUGUGAUUUCUGUGCUUGGGGCUUGUAAUCAAAUCUCGGCAUUGCGAUUGGGAGCGUCUGUUCACUCAUAUGUUGCUAAGAGGGGCUAUGGAGUGAAUGUUGCUGUGGGAACUGCGCUUGUUGGCAUGUAUGCUAACUGUGGAAGUUUAAUUUGUGCUUGUCGCAUGUUUGAUGAGAUGCCUGAGAAAAAUUUGGCUGCUUCGACGGUUAUGGUUACUGGGUUUGGAAUUCAUGGGAGGGGAAGAGAGGCCAUAUCUGUUUUUUAUGAAAUGCUAGGUAAAAAUGUGACUCCUGAUGAGGGCAUUUUCACUGCAGUUUUGUCGGCUUGCAGUCAUUCUGGAUUAGUGGAUGAGGGUAAAGAGAUUUUCUAUAAAAUGACUAAAGAUUGUAAUGUGGAGCCCGGACCCACUCAUUAUUCAUGUUUAGUGGAUCUACUUGGCAGAGCAGGGUACAUAGAUGAAGCAUAUGCAGUUAUAGAGAAUAUGAAGUUGAAACCUAAUGAGGAUGUAUGGACUUCUCUUCUUUCUGCUUGCAGAUUACAUCGGAAUGUCAAGUUAGCAGUGAUCUCGGCACAAAAGCUUUUUGAAAUGAAUCCAAAUAGAGUGAGUGGUUAUGUUUGUCUUUCCAACAUCUAUGCUGCUGAGAGACUGUGGAAGGAUGUUGAAAAUGUGAGGGCAUUGGUGAAAAAGAGGAGAUUGAGGAAGCCACCUAGUUACAGUUUUGUUGAGCUAAAUAACAUGGUUCAUCAAUUUUUUGUUGGGGAUACUUCCCACCAACAGUCGGAUGAUAUUUAUGCUAAAUUGGAAGACUUGAAUGAGCAGCUGAAGAAAGCUGGAUACAAGCCUGACACUAGUUCAGUUCUGUACGAUGUUGAGGAAGAAAUAAAAGAGAAGAUGCUUUGGGAUCAUAGCGAGAGGUUGGCGCUUGCUUUUGCUCUUAUUAACACUGGUCCAGGGACCACAAUCAGAAUAACCAAGAAUCUUCGUGUGUGUGGAGAUUGCCACACAGUUAUAAAAAUGAUUUCUAAGCUCACAAAUCGGGAGAUUAUCAUGCGAGAUAUUUGUAGAUUUCACCAUUUUAGGGAUGGCUUAUGCUCAUGUGGUGGAUAUUGGUGAGCCGAUGGAAGUUUGAUAAAAUAGUUGGUAAAAUGAUGAAAAUACAAGAUUUUUACUUGAUGGAAAUUUGAUAGCAAGAAAAAUAAGCUACCGUAUAGAAAGUUGCUGAUUUUUUAUCUGACACGAAUAGACAUAUCUUAGAAUGUUUGGAAUUGGUACAAUGUGGCAUCAUCAUUACCGUUGCAGAUGGAACAGACUAUAUCCGUUAUCUGAAGAGGCUUGCUAUGCCUGAAGUGCCCCAAUAUUAGGAGAUGCUUUCUCAUUAUAUGACAAGUCCUAGUUCCCAGUACUUGUACACAAGAAGUCAAUUCCCUCCUGGCUGUUGUACCAAGCCUGUCAAACUCACAUUCAACAAGACACCAUGCCUUAACAUACUAACCCUUUUGUCUUGGGCUCAAAUAGAUGGAUAUAUUAAUUUACUAUAUCAUUUUCUAGAUGUGUUCCUCUGAAAAUCCUAACAGACAUGGCCAAGUAAGUUCUCUGAUAGUUGUUGUUUUGUUUUUUCCACAGAAACUUAGUUUUCUUUUGGUGGCUUAUUCUAUUUUAACAGGAAAUAAAAUGAAACAAUGUGACAUUUUGUAAAUGUUUUUGAAAGUCGAAAACGAAAAUAGGAAGCAUGUUCAGAGACUAAAUGCUUCCCAAGUAUAGUACCUGAUUAUGGUGACUACUGAGAUGGAAAGAGGGAAGAAUUGAAGGACUUCAGAAUACAAGAGAAAUGUUGGAAAGAACAGAGGGGAGAAAUAGGAAGAAGUUAAAGAAUGCAAUGAAAGGAGAACUAAAAUAAGAUGAUAAUUAAACAUUAAAAUGAAAUGUAGCUAAGAAAUUCAAUUACAUAUACAAGAUAAGUGGAAUCAAACUUACAUAAUGGAUUGCAAAUUUGCAAUUGAACAUGAGUCAGGAGUAGACCAUGUUCCACUUCCAUGACCUUGCAGCUCAAAAUCAUUCUGUCCCCAUACCUUCACCAACCCAGAAAUUUUUACCUGAUAGUUUUCUGCAAAUGAACGUGAAGCUUUUAUUUAUAGUCAUGUAGUUUUAGUUCUCAAGCAAAAAACUUGAGUAAUACAAGGAAUUUAAGAAAACCCAAAUUCCAUAAAACUUAAUUGUGUGUUGUGUUAUCGCAUAGGUGUGUCAAAGAAAUCGCUAAUAAUGUCAAAAAAAAGUUUACUUGCAUUUAGUUAGAAUCUGUCUAAAGAAGUUGAUUAUUCAUGUAUACCAACAUAUUUAUUCCUCUCAUAUGUUAGAUAUUUCAUUAUUUCUAAAUCUAUUUGUCAUGGAAGGCUAAAAUGUGAUUGGAUAUUCCCCCGUAAACGAGAUACUGUGAUAUAAUUUACAGUCAUUCGAUUUGGGUCUAUAACUUUUUAAAGGUGAAGAGUUUGUUUUCACUUCAUAUAAUGCCAUGAUUUGGUUCAAUUCGAUAAUAUGCUAUGUGAGCAAGUUUCACCAUUUUAGAGAUAGAGAUUUUCAUGUUGCGAUAAUCAGAAUUGCUGCAAGUUCGAUAAAA